AUGGCGCAAAGCCAAAAAUGUAUGCAGCAAAGUAAUCGCGAAAAAAUUCAAGAAAGUGGUGUUGUGUCACCCGAUGGUCUAUAUUCUCAUCUUCUCGAUACCCUUCAGUCGCUCGAUGAAGAUCAUGCUUCUCCAUUAUCGGUUGGCGAUUUGAAGAAACUCUCUGUGCGUGUGGAUGAAGAGCUGAAGUCCGUUCAAGAUCUCAUGUUGUCUUUGGAGGCCAAACGACAGGAGGCAUUAUAUGAGGUUGCCAAUCUGCUACAUAUGGAUGUUCCAGUCAGCAAUGACGAGACUGAUAACAGUGUGCUUCGCACUUUCGGUGACUGUGCUCGCGAAAAGAAGUAUUCACACGUGGAUCUUGUCACUUUGGUCGACGGAUUCGAUGGUGAACGCGGAACCCUUGUUUCCGGUGCCCGGGGCUACUACUUGAAGGGUCCGCUGGUGUUUCUGGAACAGGCCAUUAUUCAAUUGGCGCUCAGGAUGCUGCAAGAACGCGGCUUCACUGCGCUGUAUACUCCGUUCUUUAUGUGCAAGGAUGCCAUGCAAGCGGUGGCACAACUAAGUCAAUUCGAUGAAGAGUUAUACAAAGUUGUGGGACGCCGUGAAGGUGUCGUCAAGAAGCCAGGUGAAGCAGCGAGCAAUGCAGAAGAGGAGAAAUACCUCAUUGCAACAUCCGAACAACCCAUAGCUGCGUUUCAUCGCAACGAAUGGUUACCGCUUGACCGUCUACCAAUUAAAUACGCUGGUAUUUCCACAUGCUUUCGCCAAGAAGUUGGCAGUCACGGUCGAGACACUCGUGGCAUUUUCCGUGUUCACCAGUUUGAGAAGGUGGAGCAAUUCUGCAUCACAAGCCCACACGACAAUUUGUCUUGGGAGAUGUUCCACGAAAUGAUCGCAAACGCCGAGGCUUUUCAUCAGGCACUCGGAAUACCUUACCGGAUUGUAUCCAUCGUGUCUGGUGAAUUAAACAAUGCAGCCGCUAUGAAGUAUGAUCUAGAGGCGUGGUUUCCCGGUUCCCGCGCCUUCCGUGAGCUGGUCUCCUGCAGCAACUGUACCGAUUACCAGUCGCGCCGUUUGGCCAUACGGUAUGGCCAAACGAAAAAGAUGAACAAAAACGUAGAAUACGUACACAUGCUGAAUGCUACCAUGUGUGCUACCACUCGAGUGAUAUGCGCUAUAUUGGAGAAUUACCAAACCGAAGAUUGCAUUAUCGUACCAGAGGCUAUCAGACAGUUUAUGCCCACGGCCUAUCAGGAAAGAAUCCCUUUCGUCCAACCCGCACCAGUGUCCACAGAUAAAACGCCGGCCGCAGCAGACAAUAUCAAAAUAUCCCAUCUUCGUGAAGAGAAGAUACUAGACGAUUCGAUACCUACUGGAUCAGUGCAAGAACUGGCCAAUCAUUUACAGCAUGUCAAGCUAGCUGAGAAUUCACCCACCCCGCCCAUCGAGUCCUUAGGGGACUCCCAACUAUUAUCACCUCAACUUGCUAAUGGGGAUGAGCAGGACCCUGUGGGUUCGGAAAAUGCAUCUCCGGAAACCGGUGACAAAAAGAAGAGGAAAAAGAAAAAGGCAAGAAGAAGCGGGGCUCAGCUGAGCCAAAUCUAG